GUCAGACUAUUCUCCCGAAAGAAUCGGUUUGGUUGCAGACGCUGCUAACAUGGCAUCUUCUUCAGGACAUCCCACUGAUCUCCUGUUAGAUAUCAAACUGCAGAAUGAUUCCCAGAAAGACUGGGGGAACAGAAAUCCCAGUAUUGGAGUGGUGCUUUAUGAAAAUGAUCGGUUUUUCAACUCAAAACAAUUUAAAAGUGAACUCGAUACCAAGAGAAGGGUGGUGUCUGCCAGCCUCACAGACAAAAGCUUGCUUGAUUACGUGGAGUUCACCAUCAGGCCCAAGAAUAUAUCCGGCUCGACUUCUUAUGACUUUGCAUGUGUGUUUUGGGACUAUGCUCAUAGAGACUGGAGAACAGAGGGUUGCGUCAAAAUACACGAUCCCAAUGGAGUGCAAUGUAAAUGUAACCACACCACCAACUUUGCAGUUCUUGUGAGCUUUAGAGCAGACUACACUUAUUCUGAGGCUUUAAACUGGAUCAGCAUUGUGGGAUGCAGUCUGUCUAUUGUGGGUUUGGUCCUCACUGCAGUUUAUCAAAUUAAGACCAGGAAACAGAGAGGAGCUAACUCUACCAUGCUCUUGGUGAACAUCUGUUUGUGCAUGACCACCUACUACCUGCUCUUCAUUUUUGGGAUCAACAACCCUGUCCAGAGCUCAAAGACAUCUGUUUCAGAGCAGAACGUUAUUCCUUCUUCAGAUGUGCAGGAGAAGAUCGAUCAGGGUCCUUGUACGGCAAUCACGGCCCUGCUGCAGUACUUCCUGCUGUCCACGUUCGCCUGGAACAUCCUGUAUGCGGCUCAUGUGUUUUUCCUCAUUAGAAACGCCCUCAACGGUCCGCCCCGAGCUUUCCGCACCAUCGCCAUGACCGUCGGCUGGGGUCUGCCUGCUGUUAUUGUCGGCAUCUCGCUGUCCGCCACCUACAGCUUUAGGGACCCUUUAGGAUAUCGACAAGAGGAGUUUUGUUGGUUGGCGUCUCUGGACAAGGCGGGAAGGUUUGAUCCGAAGCGGCCGAUGUUGUGGGGUUUCUUGCUCCCUCUAGCGGUCAUGUUGAUUUUUAACACAUCUCUGCUUGUCUACUUCUCUCAAACCAUCUGCUGUGCGAAUCCCAACCUCAAGAGCUCAAGAGGGACACCUAUGAAGAAGAAGAUUUUGAGUAGUUUCUCUCUGGCUGUGGUGCUCGGUUUGUCCUGGGUCGUUGGUUACUUUGUGCUCAUCACUCAUGAGAAAACACUUUACAUCGUUCUCAGUGUGGUCUUCUGUCUCUGCAACACCACACAGGGUGUUCAGAUUUUCAUUUUAUUCACACUGCAGUCUUUUCUAAAGACAAGAUCUCGAUAUAAACUGGAUUCUAAGACUGAAUCAAAGGGGGAGCCUUAAAAAUGGACACAAAAAGCAGAGGACAACAGACAAGAUCAUAGUCAAUUCUUUCUUUCUUUCUUAUUAUUAUUUUAUUUAUUUAUUUUAAUUUAAAUUACUGUAUUUUUUAGUGAUAGCCAUUUGUCUGGUGACAUUUAUUUUAAUAAAAUUUAAUAUCAAAUGCAUAGUCUCAUACUCAUAUUGUACAAGUAAAUUAGAUAGAAAAUGUCAGAUAUUAUAAUGCAGACAGUCCUUUAACCUUUAGCUUUUGAUUAAUAUUGAACUUGCUUUAGGACAAAUUAUGGAUUUAAACUUUCUUUCUAUUCAUAAAAAAAUAUUAUCUGUAAAUGUGUGUGGUUUGUUUUAUUUAUUCUUUAUUGCUUUCAAGGUUCAGCCAAUGUGAAACAUCACAUAACUACAGUUUAAAGUAAAAUUUGUUAUUAUUAACACAUUGUCGGCAGGUUCCACAAAGGCAAGUAGAAGAUGUAAUCUAAUAAAAUCUAACAGUAUUUUUUAAAAAGAAAACAAAAAGGCACAGGAGAGCAACAUAGAAGUAACAGGACAAACCAACCCCAAACAUAGACAAGAUCUUAACAAACCAGGUGAUUUGUUAAGAUUUAAUGAAGAUAGUUAAAAGGAUAGUUCAUCCAAAAAUGAAAAACCUGCCAUCAUUUACUCACCCUCAUUUGUUCCAAUUCCUCUGUUGAACACAAAAGAAGAUAUUUUGAAGAAUGUUGGUAACCGAAGAGCCAUUGACAUCCAUAGAGGUUUUUUUUUUUUUUUUUUCAUGCUAUGGAAGCCAAUGGCUAUCAGCAACUGUUUGAUUACCAACAUUCUUCAAAAUACAGUAAAGAAACAGACGAAAAUAAGCAUGGUAAAUAAUCAUUGCAUGUUACUGCAUGCAAAUAACAAUUUUUUUUAGAGUGUAGGAAACCAGGAACAAGGAACUCACAUAGAACAGGAUGAAAAUAAUAGCAAUAUAAAAGACAAUGAACACACAUAACUCAUAUAAAUCUUGAAUUGCAGCUGUAAACUAAACAGCAGUAGGCUAUAUAAAAAAAAUAAAAAAAAUCUAUCCUGAUGGUAAGAUAUGCAGGGGUUGGACAAAAUAAAUGUGAACACCUGAGAAAUAGGCAAUAUUUAAUUCAACCUUUCUUAGA